GCUUCCUCUUGAGCCGUUGGACUGCGAUCCGCGAUUGGCGACUCACAUACAAUCUUCUCAACCCUCUCUGUCCGAUACCCAACUUCCCCCUCCUUUCCCCCUUCCCCCUUCAACCGACAGUCGCAAUGGCCCCUCUCCCACCAGGAGCAAAGCGAGAGUCGUCGACUGCCCGUUUGCUGGGCAGUGGGACUUCGGGGAUUGCUGAGCUCCUCGUCUUCCACCCGGUCGACACCGUUGCAAAGAGGCUGAUGAGCAACAAGGACAAGGCGGCAAAGAUCAAUGACAUCGUAUUCAAGUCAAAGGCCUCUGCUCCUCUUGGAGGUAAGCUCAUGUCCCUCUUCCCUGGACUCGGCUACGCGGCUGGGUACAAGGUCAUGCAACGCGUCUACAAAUUCGGCGGCCAACCCUUCGUCAACGACUACCUCACAACCCACCACCGCAGCUUCUUCACCUCAACCUUUGGCGAGCGAAACGGCAAGUCCAUGAUGCAAGCCACGGCCGGCUCCCUCGUCGGUAUCGGUGAGAUCGUUCUCCUCCCCCUCGACGUGCUCAAGAUCAAGCGUCAGACCAACCCAGAGGCAUUCCGCUCCCGAGGAUUCUUGAAGAUCGUUGCCGACGAAGGCAUGGGGCUCUACAGAGGUGCAGGAUGGACUGCGGCUAGGAAUGCGCCGGGAUCUUUUGCCUUGUUCGGUGGGUCGGCAUUCACCAAGGAGUAUCUCUUCGGGCUGCAGGACUACAACAAGGCGACGUGGGGUCAGAACUUCGUCGCUUCUAUCGGUGGUGCCGUGGCGUCGAUCACCGUAGCAGCGCCGUUGGACGUGGUCAAGACCCGCAUCCAAAACGCAAACUUCGAGACAAAGACGGGAGGCGCAACCAUCAUGAAGGAGAUGAUCAAGAACGAGGGCAUGACGGCCUUCUUCAAGGGCUUGACGCCCAAGCUUCUCGUCGUGGGCCCUAAGCUCGUCUUCUCUUACACUCUGGCGCAGUCUCUCAUCCCCCUCUUUGGGAAGUACGUCUAAUCUAGCUCUGCUUUUGGAUCAUUCAAAACGCUCUAUCUAGCGCCGCCUCGAGAGUGCACUCUGCAGAGUGCCAUUCGCCUCAUCUGUAACAGCCACCACUCCCUCUUCCUCCCUGCCGCUAUCGCUACCUGUCUCGAGCCCCCUAUGUAGAUGCCGUAUCCGUCGUGUCCUGCCUGCGAAUCCACGUCAUAAUCGUCCAUGCUGCUCGCGACCAUUCUUGCGCCUGAUGCGUUCACGCCCUGUCUUGUCUGACGAAUGUGUAUGAGUGUAAAUUUGAAGGUGCGUGCCUCUCUAGAUCUCUGCAUCAGCGACGCCUGCUCCCCCUCCCCUCACCGCAGGUUGACUCAACUC